AUGGCUUUAUGCGAUCUGGGUGCCGGCAUUAACUUGAUGCCAAUGUCUAUUUUCAAGCAAUUGGGGAUUGGAGAAGUUAGGCCUACUACAGUUACUCUUCAACUUGUAGAUAGAUCUCUUGCUCAUCCGGAUUGGAAGAUUGAAUAUGUAUUGGUGAGGGUAGACAAAUUUAUAUUCCCUGUUGAUUUUAUUAUGCUAGACUAUGUGGCGGAUAGAGAGGUGCCCAUUAUCUUGUGGAGGCCAUUUCUUGCAACAAGAAGAACUUUAAUAGAUGUGCAGAAGGGGGAGCUGACUAUGAGGGUCCAAGAAGAAAAUGUGACUUUUAAUGUUUUUAAGGCUGUGAGAUUUCCUGAUGAGGUUGAGGAAUGCUCAGUAGUUUUAGUGGUAGAUUCUUUGGCAUCAAGGGAGUUUGAGACUAAUAACGUUGAUGAUCCAUUAGAGAGGUUAUUGUUUGAUUCACACAAUGAUGAAGAUGAGGAGGAGUACUUAGCUUGGGUGGAGGCUAAUUCUCAAGGGUUAAGAACAAGAGGCCGAUAUGAUUCAUUGGAGUUGUCGUCUAGGGAGUUCAAAGCUCCUAAACCAUCUUGA